UCCACUUCUCGAACAAAAAUGAGGCGAAUUUUUCUCGUCUUUCUGUUUUUCACUUCAGUUCUAUUCUUUUUCUCGUCUCCGACGAUUGCAGAUGACCCAAUAGGAUAUGGGUACAAACUCAGAUCAGUCAAAGUUGACGCUUCAGGCAAGUCACUGACUGUAAUUCUUGAUGUGCUCCAGAAUUCAUCCAUGUACGGGCCAGAUAUCCCAAAUCUCCAGCUAACAGCCAGCUUCGAGACCGCUGAUCGGUUGCGAGUGCAUAUCACGGAUUUGAAUAACAAGAGAUGGGAAGUUCCAGAACAGAUUAUCUCUAGGAAUGCUGAGCCCCCCACUUCUGAGCCCCCCACUGCUGACCCCCCCACUGCUCAGCCCCCCACUACUGAGUCCCCCACUGCUCAGCCCCCCACUUCUGAGUCCCCCACUGCUCAGCCCCCCACCUCUGAGUCCCCCACUGCUGAGCCCCCCACUUCUGAGCCCCCCACUUCUGUUUAUUCCCUACUUGACACUGCUGAUCCCCCCACUGCUGAUCCCCCAACAGCUGAGUCCCCAACACCUUCAGAAUCAGAAAAGAACUCAAGUCUAACUAUUGAAGGGUCUGAUCUCAUUUUCGCAAUCCAUAAUGAUCCCUCCUUUGGUUUUACAGUAACCCGUAAAUCUUCUGGAGAUGUUCUCUUCAACACUACUGGAGGGAAUGCAACAGAUUCCAACAGCAAUUUGUUUGUGUUCAAGGACCAGUACAUCCAAAUCUCAACCUCAUUACCAGCAAACAAAUCUUCCUUGUAUGGUUUAGGUGAACAAACUAAGAGAACUUUCCGUAUGAAGAGCGGCGACAAGAAAACCUUGUGGAAUUCUGAUACUUCUAGUCGUAGUGUAGAUAACAGUCUGUACGGAUCUCACCCAUUUUACGUCGAUGUUCGAUCACCGAUGAAGGAAGGUGAUUCCGCCGGAAAUACUCAUGGUGUUUUGUUCCUCAACAGUAACGGAAUGGACAUUCUAUAUGAAGACUCCAAAUUAACCUAUAAGACUAUUGGAGGUGUUGUAGAUUUCUACUUCUUUGCAGGUCCUUCACCAAAGGCUGUUAUCGACCAGUAUACACAACUCAUUGGUCGUCCUGCUCCUAUGCCAUACUGGGCAUUUGGAUUUCAUCAGUGCCGAUAUGGAUAUAAAAGUGUAUCUGUUCUUGAGGAAGUAGUUGCUGGGUAUGCAAAUGCCAGUAUCCCUCUUGAAGUUAUGUGGACAGACAUUGAUUACAUGGAUAAGUACAAGCUUUUCACUCUUGAUCCCGUCAACUUCCCAGCUGACAAAAUGAAUGCUUUUUUGGAUAAACUUCACCAAAAUGGCCAGAAAUAUGUUGUCAUUGUGGAUCCUGGAAUUGGCAUUAAUGACACAUACGGCACAUACACAAGAGGUAUUGAAGCAGAUAUAUUCAUCAAGUAUGGCGGCAAACCUUAUCAAGGCAAGGUCUGGCCUGGAGAUGUCCAUUUCCCUGAUUUCCUUAACCCGGCAACAGGACCUUACUGGACAAAUGAAAUUGCCAUGUUCCUGAAGACUCUCCCUAUUGAUGGUAUUUGGCUUGACAUGAAUGAAGCAGCAAACUUUAUUACAUCUCCUAUUGAUCAAAAUUCUACCAUUGAUAAUCCUCCCUUCAAGAUCGGCAACGGCAGGAACAUCAACGGUGGAGCUAUUCCUCCAUCUUCUCUUCAUUACGGAAACAUGACUGAGUACAAUCUUCACAACACAUUUGGUCACGUAGAGGCCAAAGUAACAAACGCAGCUUUGGUAGAGGUGACCAAGAAAAGGCCAUUUGUACUCAGUAGAUCAACUUUUGUUGGGUCAGGAAAGUAUGCAGCACACUGGAGUGGUGAUAAUGGUGCUUCUUGGGAUGAUCUUGAAUUCUCCAUUUCUACAAUAAUGAACUUUGGAUUGUUUGGCAUGCCAAUGGUUGGAGCUGAUAUCUGUGGAUUUUUGGGCGGCACGACUGAGGAGCUUUGCCGACGUUGGAUUCAGGUUGGGGCGUUCUACCCAUUUUCUAGAAACCACGGUGACAUACACUCACCUUCUCACGAGCUUUAUCUAUGGGCUUCUGUAACAGAAUCAGCAAAGGAAGUUCUUGGUCUCAGAUACCAGUUACUCCCAUACUUCUACACCUUAAUGUACGAGGCUCACAUUAACGGAACUCCCAUUGCACGACCACUUUUCUUCUCAUUCCCAGAGGAUGAAGCAACUUAUGAAAUCAGCAAACAGUUCUUGCUUGGUGAAGGUGUAUUGGUGUCUCCAGUAGUGAAGGAAAGAGAAGUUACAGUUGAUGCUUACUUCCCUGCCGGUAAUUGGUUUGAUAUGUUCAACUACUCAAAUUCAGUCAGUGCAGAGAAAGGACAGAUUGUCAAACUCGACGCACCCCUAGAUAAAAUCAAUGUUCAUGUUCGCGAAGGGAAUAUCAUCACAAUGCAGGGUGCAGCUAUGACAACACAAGAAGCAAGGAAGACCGGGUUCAAACUUUUGGUUGUCGUAAGCAGCAGCGGUAAUGCUACAGGAGAAGUUUUUUUGGAUGAUGGAGAAGAAAUUGAAAUGGGAGGCAAAUCAGGAAACUGGACCUUUGUUAAGUUCUCUGGUGGUGUCUCAGGGGAUGAGAUGACAAUUCAGUCAGAAGUCACAAAUGGUGACUUUGCUGCGGCUCAGAAAUGGGUCAUUGAGAAGAUUGUUUUUGUGGGUUUGAAAAAGAAGACUGCUACUUUCAGAAGGCAUUGGUUGGACCUCUUUGUUAACGAUGCUCCAGCGUCGAAUGUGACAUUUGACUGGAAGGGUGCUUUUGGUGUUGCAGAAGUCGCAGGGUUAUCCCAGUCAAUUGCAGAGAGUUUCGACCUGAAGUUUCCAAUCAAGUACUAGUAAUUAGGAUAAUGCAAUCUGUAUGAAGUAAUAUUUUUUACUACCACAGAGAUGUAGUAGUAUUUGUGUUGUUAUGUUACUCUCAUGACUUCAAUAAUAAAUUGUCAUUUAAUUUU